UAAACCUCGUCUAUGUUUCUCUUUCAUCAAAGUUCGUGCACUGAAAAAAAUAUGAGAGGACUCUCCAGAAACUCCGGCACCGCGGCGAUUCUCGCGAUCUUUGCAAUCCUCGCCGUUCAGCACUUGACCGUAGCCGCUGAUUUCCUUCCGUUGGAGACAGAGUGCCGCGGUACCAUCGCCGAGUGCUCGGUUUCCGCCGCGCUCGGAGAAGAAGGAGAUCUAUUCUACGGCGGAGGAAUGGGAGCAGAGUUCGAGAUGGACUCGGAGAUCAACCGGCGCAUGUUAGCGAACAGGAGGUACAUCAGCUACGGUGCGCUGAGGAGAAACAGUGUACCUUGCUCACGACGCGGCGCAUCUUACUACAAUUGCCGACGUGGCGCUCACGCCAACCCUUACUCUCGCGGCUGCAGUGUCAUCACUCGCUGCCGGCGAUAAAUCUGUAACUUUUCUCAAUAUUCUUUUCUUUUUCUUAUAUAUAUUUUCAGAUAAUUUCUCAGUUUCAUUGCAAUAUUCAUACGCAUAUAUAGCUAUAUAUAUAUAUAUAUGUAAAUCUCUCUGGAAAUAAUCUCCGUCAUUGAUGUAAAAGUACCAAGAAAAUAAGCAUGGAAUGGAAUUAGAUAAUGAACGUUGUAA